AUUUUGCUAGAUUGGGGUGGUUAGCUCCUGUUCUCGUAAGGGUGACUCACUUCAUCCCAUUUUUUGAUACUUUUAACACCUGGAGGAGAUCUUCAUGAUUCUAAGCUCUUCUAUCUAGACACUUAAGCCUGGACUUUUCCUACAAUCCAGCUCUUUGGUUGUUGUUUUUUUUUUCCCCCCUCUUCAACUCAACAUGAGUGUGGAUCCAGCUUGUCCCCAAAGCCUGCUUUGCCCCGAAGCAUCCAUUUCCAGCGAAUCUUCACCAAUGCCUGAGGUUUAUGGGCCUGAAGAAAAUUAUGCCUCCUUGCAGAUGUCAGCUGCUGAGACCCUCGACACCGAGACUGUCUCUCCUCUUCCUUCCUCCAUGGAUCUGCUUAUUCAGGACAGCCCUGAUUCUUCCACAAGCCCCAGAGUAAAACCACUGCCCACAUCUGCAGAGAAGAGCACAGACAAGGAGGAAAAGGUCCCAGUCAAGAAGCAGAAGAUCAGAACUGUGUUCUCGCAGACCCAGCUCUGUGUCCUCAACGACAGAUUUCAGAGGCAGAAGUACCUCAGCCUCCAGCAGAUGCAAGAACUUUCCAACAUCCUGAACCUUAGCUACAAACAGGUUAAAACCUGGUUCCAGAACCAGCGAAUGAAAUGUAAGAGGUGGCAGAAAAACCACUGGCCAAGGAAUAGCAACAGUGUGAUUCAGGGCUCAGCCAGUACAGAAUACCCGGGCUUCUAUUCCUAUCACCAAGGAUGCCUGGUGAACGCUUCUGGAAACCUGCCCGUGUGGGGUAAUCAGAGCUGGAAUAACCCAUCAUGGAGCAACCAGACCUGGAACAGCCAGUCUUGGAGCAACCAAACCUGGAACAGCCAGACCUGGUGCCCCCAAGCCUGGAAUAACCAGACUUGGAAUAGCCAGCUCAACAACUAUGUUGAGGAAUUCCUGCAGCCCCAGCUCCAGUUUCAGCAAAAUUCUAUCAGUGAUUUGGAGGCCGUCUUGGAAACUGCUGGGGAAAAUCAUAAUGUAAUACAGCAGACUUCAAAGUACUGCGGUACCCAGCAGCAAAUCAUGGAUUUAUUCCCAAAUUACUCCAUGAACAUACAGCCUGAAGAUAUGUGACGAUCAUUUUAUUUUUUUAAAAAAUUUUAUUGGAGUAUAGUUGAUUUACAA